AUGAGGAGCGGGAAGGCCUCCUGCGCCCUGGAGACCGUCUGGGAGGACAAGCAGAAGUAUGAGGAAGCCGAGGGGCCCUUCCACGAGCACGAGGCUGUGCGAGCCACCGCCCCCGCCACCGCCCAGCAGCUCCUGGCCGCAGCCCCGGCUGUGAACGGGCCAGGCGGGGAGGAUGUGGAGGAGGCAGACGCCCCCGACGGCAGCAGGAGCGACCGCGGGAAGAGCCCCAACGGGAAGAAGCCCCUGCAGAAGAAGAGGAAGCGCUCCCCGAAGGGCUGGCUCAGCCAGGCGGACCUGGCCCUCGUGGGCCUCUCAGCCGACCACGUCUGGCUGGACAAGCCGCUUUUUGACCAGGCAGAGAGUUCCUACCACCAGAGGCUGGCAGACGUGGCUGCCCAGGCCCCCUGGGGUCCCUGCACCCAUGGAAGCCAGGUUGCCUGCCACCACGUGACCUGGGGCAUCUGGGUCAACAAGUCUUCCUUUGACCAGGCAGAGCGGGCGUUCGUGGAAUGGUCUCAGGCAUUGCUGCUGGCUGUAGAGGGGGGCGGCCAGCAGGCAGCUCCCGACACAGGCCAGCAGGCAGCCGCCCCGGACCUGCACCUCAUCCGCCAGCCCAGCCCUCCGGCCAACAACCAGCCCCCACUGGGCAGCCUGCAGGCGCUCGUGCAGGGGGUGUGGCUCGAGAAGCCGCGGUACGACGCAGCCGAGAGGGGCUUCUACGAGGCCAUGUUUGACGGCCACCCUCCUGGGAAGGUGCGCCUGCGGGAGCGGGCCGGCCAGGCUGAGGGCGCCAGGCGGGGCCGCAAAGACCGGCGGGGCCGCAGCGCAGUGGGAGGCAAGCGGCUGGAGCAGCGACGGGCCAACGGGGAGGCCCCCUCCGCCCUGCCCUACUGGUACUUCCUGCACAAGGAUGCCGAGGCCCCCUGGCUCAGCAAGCCCACCUACGACAGCGCUGAGUGCCGCCACCAUGCUGCUGAGGCCCUGCGCACGGCCUGGCGCCUCGAAGCCGCAUCCCUGGCCCGCCAACCCAGCGCCUGGUCUGGCCCUUCCGUGUCCAGCCUGAGAUCCAAGAAAAUGGCCACAAACUUCCUUGUGCACGAGAAGAUCUGGUUCGACAAGUUCAAGUACGACGAUGCAGAAAGGAGGUUCUACGAGCAGAUGAACGGGCCCGUGGCCGGCUCCUCACGCCAGGAGAACGGCGCCAGUGUGAUCCUCCGUGACAUCGCGAGAGCCAGAGAAAACAUCCAGAAGUCCCUCGCUGGGAGCUCGGGGCCUGGGGCCACCAGUGGGCCCAGUGGAGACCACAGUGAGCUGGUCGUCCGGAUUGCCAGCCUGGAAGUGGAGAACCAGAGCCUGCGAGGGGUGGUGCAGGAUCUGCAGCAGGCUGUCUCAAAGCUGGAGGCCCGGCUGAGCGCACUGGAGAAGAGCUCGCCAGCCCACCGAGCCACGGCCCCACAGACGCAGCACGUGUCUCCCAUGCGCCAAGUGGAGCCCCCUGCCAGGAAGGUGGCCACUGCCACGGAGGAUGACGAGGAUGAUGACAUCGACCUGUUUGGCAGCGACGAGGAGGAGGACAGGGAGGCGGCCCGGCUGCGGGAGGAGAGGCUGCGGCAGUACGCUGAGAAGAAGGCCAAAAAGCCUGCCCUGGUGGCCAAGUCCUCCAUCCUCCUGGAUGUCAAGCCUUGGGAUGACGAGACAGACAUGGCCCAGUUGGAGGCCUGUGUGCGCUCCAUCCAGAUGGACGGGCUGACGUGGGGGGGCUCCAAGCUGGUGCCGGUGGGCUACGGCAUCCACAAGCUACAGAUCCAGUGUGUGGUGGAGGACGACAAGGUGGGGACAGACCUGCUGGAAGAGGAGAUCACCAAGUUCCAGGAGCACGUGCAGAGCGUCGACGUUGCUGCUUUCAACAAGGUCUGAGCCUGGCAUUGGGCCUGUGUGUGUGAAGUCUUGCAGCCAAUAAAGACAGAUUCCAGCUCUC